AUGGUUAUAAUUUGGAUCUUGCUGCUGAGUUUGUUGCAGGAAUCUUGGUCCCAAGGGCUGGCUGCGGAGGUGCCCGAGGUACCUUAUUGUGCCAAAGGCCAGACGUGUGACCCAAGGCUGCGCAGAGAUGCUGGGGGGCGCGGCGGAGUCUAUGAGCAUCUCGGGGGAGCACCCAGGCGCAGGAAGCUCUACUGUGCCACUAAGUAUCACCUCCAGAUCCACUCCAAUGGGAAAAUCAACGGCAGCCUGGAGAAAAACAGCGUCUUCAGUAUUCUAGAGAUAACUGCAGUUGAUGUUGGAGUCGUUGCCAUCAAAGGGUUGUUCUCUGGCAGCUACCUGGCCAUGAACAAAAGGGGCAGACUUUAUGCUUCAGAAACUUACAAUGCAGAAUGUGAGUUCGUGGAAAGGAUUCAUGAGUUGGGCUAUAACACUUACGCAUCUCGCCUAUACCGGACAGUGCCCAAUGGAGCCAACACCAAACGCAAAGCCAGUGCCGAGAGACUCUGGUAUGUCUCAAUCAAUGGGAAAGGCCGACCCAGAAGGGGCUUUAAAACCCGCAGGACACAGAAAUCCUCUCUCUUUCUGCCCAGGGUACUGGAUAACAAAGAUCAUGAAAUGGUCCGUUUAUUUCACACAAAUGUUAAAUACAGAGAGAGUCUACUGAAGCCUCUGAGUAAGAAUAAAAGAAGAAGGAGAGGACACCAAUGGAUUCCUUGGGGGGAUUGGGGUGGGGACUGA